GCAAAGUUAUUUUGGAAACAUUAUUUUACAAAUUGCUUGUGCAUGAAGAAAAUCCAGUGAGCAGCACAACUCAUAACACUUCACAUUGCAGUCAUUUAGUUUUUUGCUAUUAUUUUAUUUAAAAAUAUGCUUAUAAAAUUUUUUCAGUUAAUAAUACAUUUUAUUAACUUUAUUUUUCCUUUUCCGAUUUCCAGAUGGCCAAAGCAGAUGUAGCUCACAAUAAAGAUGUUGUUUACUACCUCAGGGAUCUGAAUCAAGAUAUUGUUUUGGCUUGGGAGGAUGCAUUUUCUAAAUAUAAAGAUAAAGUUAAGGUACUGCCAAAAAAUUUAUGGCGGCUAAUUUUUAAAAUUCUUUUACUGAUUUCUCAUAAUUAUUUUUAAAUAUUGUUUAAUUAUCAUUAAAGAUGUUGAAGGUAAUGGACAUUGAAAACAACAGGUUCUUGAUUUAUAAAAACUCUAUUUAUUUACAUUUUCAUUUUUAAGAUAUAUUUGAUAAAAUUCAGACUUUUAAAAGUAAUUAUUGUGAAAAAUUAAACUAAAAGAUAUUUUUCCUUUAAGCUACUCAGCGGCGUAGCUAUCUCACAGAUGCUGCGCAGAAGUUUUGAGUCAUUGCACGGCAAUCUUUGACACGGAUAAAUUCAAAAAGAUAUGCUGCACUCUGCAACCAGAUCUAUACAGUUUUUAUAACAUAUACAUCCAUUAAUUUUUUUUUCCUUCAGAUCUAUAUUUCUGUCUCCUACAUUUAUGUAGAACUAUUGAUUAACAUCCUUACCGAUAUAUACUGGAACAAGCUAGCCUCGUUCUUAACUGCUGCCAUUCAUGAAAAGUUUGUGGCACAGACUUUGCAGUGAAUGUGUAUAAAUUAAAUAUAUCAUCUAGUUUAUUAUAAGUGUAAUGGCCAAGUAUUUGUAAUCCUUUAACUGUUAUGUGUAACCAUCAUUUAAGCAAACCGUCAGCUUCAUUACUUUUUAAGAAAAAUUUUAGAUCAAAUUUCAAAGUAGAAUGGAUCAAUGAAUUUGUGCAUACAGCAACAAUUACACUUCUGACUUUGUAGAUUCUAUCGAUUCUGUAGUGAAGGAUGCUAUAAUUGGCGAACUUUACAAUACAGAGUUCCACAGUUAACAGUAGAUGAGAGCACUAAUAUGUCAGUGGCAAAAAUGUUGAUCUUAAACGCAAAGUUAUGGCCAUAUCCAGGUUGUUAAAAAACAGUGUUAGGUGUAAUUUUGUCUCUAUCGGCAUAUGGCAGUAAAUCUGUGGAAUCAGCAAUAACAGAGUUUUAUCAAGAGAAUUCAUUGGACAUGCAGAAAAUGGUUAUGUUUAUUAAUUUAUGUAAUUUCCAUGUGUAUUUGUGUUUUUUUUGUGUUUUUUUUAUUACCCGGAACAUUGUACAUAUUUAUCUUCAGUACAUAACUCAAUACAUAUUUUAACUAAGACAAAAUUUUACAGUUAUAACAAUUGUGUAUUCUUCUAUAGAUAUUAAUUAACAAGUUUGCAUCACAUUAUUGUCUGUCUGGUUACCGGUAAUAAAAUAUAUCAAGUCUGGUAGUAAAAUAUAUCAAAAUGAGAGGUGCUUUCUCAGUAUAAAAAAUAGAUUUCAACUUUUAUUUAAGAUCUUUUGACCUUUUUAUGUGGAACAUUUGCAAUAAAUGUAUUUUGAAAUUUAAAAAAACAACUGAUAACUGUUUAAAACCAAAUUCCUUAAAUCAACAGCCAGUUUGCUACAAAAAAGGGAUUCUCUGGAUUGCUAACUUGAAGAAUUAUAUAAUUAUACUCUAUUCUUUGUUCUUCAUUGAGCCAAAAAAAAAAAAGUUUUUUCCCACCACAAUGUUGUCAUAUUGUUGAUCUCCAUUUGCUAUUUGAAAGUAUUUGGUGGUUACAAUAUCUGAUAAGUUUUUAAUUUCAUGUCUCCAUUUGGGAAUGUACACAGUGUUAUUCCGUUCAUUUAUUUAGCUCUGGAGUGAGAAAAAUUAAGUGUGAAUGCAAAAAUACCCAACUCUUUGAUACCGGUACUUAAUUUUCUCAUAUUUCAAACAUUUUUGGGUGAACCUUUUUAAAAUAAUAAGAAAAUGAGACUUUUGUGGUAAAAAUCAAAGAAUAUUGUAAGAGCGAUAAUUGUAGUUAAAUGGUAAUGUUGAAAGAAUGUAAAAUUUAGUGAAGAAAUGUUCCUGAAGAUUGCUCUGAUAGCAUGGAUAUUUAAAGAAAAUCAGCCUCUGAUUAUAAUUAUAUCUGACUUUUACAGUUUACCUUUGAAAUUUUAAUCAUCUGAAAAGUUGAAAAAAUAAUUCUGAAAUUUAAAUUUGUAUUUUUUAAAAAUCUAUGAGCCAAUUUUUCUUCAAGUUUUCCCUAAACAUUACUGUGCCUAGUCUUAUUGUCAUAAUAUUUGGCCAAUGUACAAUAAAAUUAGAGAACUUUCUUUUAUUCCUUCUUCAGUUAAAAUUGACAGUGCAGUGAAGGAAUAGAAUAUUUAUAUAUGAAAUGUAAACCUUGAGUUUAGGGUACAGCAGAGAGUCUUGAUCAUUCCAUGCUUGAUAUUCAUGGCAUGGACCCAUGGUUUGCAUGCCCUUAGUUAAAGCUCACAAUCUUGUUAACAGUGUAGUCUCUGUUUUAACCAUGAAGAUGUUUUUUAACUGUCAAGGUUUCACAAGGAGAUAUUUUCAAAGGUGCACCCGGAGCUGAUGCCAUUGUGAGUAUUUGCUAUGUUCUUUCCUCAUGGCAUAUACUUUGAUAAGUAUGAUUAUUAUUUUAAUACUGCAAGUUUUAUUGAUUUAUACUUUAAAAAAAAAAAGAAAUGAUAGUGCUUUCUCUAAUCUAAUUACAUUUUAAAUAAAUGAAUUUAAACAAGUGUAAGUUUAUGUAAAGAGUUUAACAAAAGAGUUUAUUGAUAAUUUUGUCUCCUGUCAAUAGUGUUAAAAUUGUUUAGCUUUUUACUAACAUGAAAGCAGAGAUAAUUGAACUAUUAACAUGGACUCAUGUGGGCAGAAACUAGAAGAGUUAAAAUGUAGUUUGAUUUUCUGUUAAGGUUUCUCCAGCCAACAGUUUCGGUUUCAUGGAUGGUGGCAUAGACAUGGCUUACAGUAAACAUUUUGGAUGGCAGUUGUAAGUUAACUUGGAAUGUAUUCUGACAUGGGGUUCAGACAGCACAUAGAUGAUUGAAUGUUUAUCGCUGAGUGUCUCAAUACAGACUUAUUAUUGUGGUAGACACUUAGCUAAAUUUUAUUACAAAUAUAUUAUUUACACAUAAUUCUGGCAAGCAUUUUUAAACUUAUCGCAGUCAUAUGAUUUGCAUAAACAAUAUUCUCCUUUUUCCAGAUUUAAUAAAUUAAGGUUAUUAUGUCAGAUUUUAAAAAAUUCUGAAAAUGAAAAACAAAUCCCCCCCCCCCCCCCCCCAUUUCAGGCAAAACCGUUUGCAGAAACUUCUCCAAGAAGAAUAUCAUGGAGAGCUGCCUGUGGUAAGAUAAUAAAACUAAAUUAAGGCUCUCAUAAAUAAAAUAAUUUUUUAUGUCAUGUUAGGUGAGUAGUGAUUGUUCUUAGCUCUGAAUAAUGCUAUUUAGCCAGCCGUUUUUAUUAUAGUUAUUUUGGUAAUUAAAAUAUUAUUACUUGAUAAUUGACUUUUGUUAGGAAAGUUUGUAUUGCAAUAGAGUAGAUUUUAUCUUAGCUUAACCCUUAUAUUUAUCCAUCCACUUUUUUUUUUACAUUGGGAUGACCAUACUCUACCACAGGGCCAAGCCGUAAUCAUUCCAGCUUAUGACAGUGCAGGCAGAGACCCAAGUGUGGACUGGUGUCAGUUCAACCAUGGGGAGACCAUCGAGUACCUCAUCGCAGCACCAACUAUGAGGGUACCAAAUGAUGUGUCCGAAACUGUGAAUGCAUACUUGGCAUUUAGAGCAGUCCUUCUAGCUGGUAUGUGCACAUCAUAAGUUUUAGAAAAAGUAGUUCUAUUGGCAAGUGAAUUUUUAUAAGGUCUUAGGAUUGGAGAUUAUUCUUUUAUGGUGCAGUAUUUUAUUUCCUCAAAAAUCUGUUAUGAAAAUGGAAUAUUGUGUUACCGCAUGCUCUAAAUACAAAAGACAAGGCUAAGAAGUGGUAGACGGCGAUAAUGCUUCGCAAUAUAUAUAUAUAAAUGAUUAUUUUGAUUUUAUUGUUUAAAAUUGCCAUAGCUAAUUUAAUCGGCUUGAAUAAUCUGUUGAGCUGAUAAAUAUAUUCUUGAUGAAUUGUUUUUUGUGUUUACAGGACGCUUUGCCAAACUAUGCUGUGCAAAAGUUAUGUAAACAAUUAUAAGUGAUUAUGAUUCACAUUACGCCCAAAUACUAUUGAUUCCUAACUGAUGAUUGUUUCCAAAUUGACUGAUGUUUAUUUUCUUAUUGAUGAUUUUCUCCUGACUGAUGAUUGUUUCCCAAUUGAUGAUUGUUUCCCUAUUGAUGCUUGUCUACUAAUUGAUUAUUUCCUACUUGAUGAUUGGUUUAUGAUGAUUUGUUUCCUAAUGGAUGAUUGUUUCAUUAUUGAUGAUUGUUUCCUCAACAGUUGAGAACCACAACAAUAACAAAAAGAAGUUAAAGCCUUUUAAGGCCAUUAAACGUGUCCUUGUCCCUGGCUUAGGGACCAUGAUUGGGAGGAUGCCUGCCAAGAGGUGUGCCUUUCAGGUAAGUUCAGUCACUGUUAUCAUGGUUCCUUUUUUAAAUGACAAUGACACAAUGGCUAUAUGACCUAAUAUUUAACAUCAUCACAGUGUGCUCCUGGUAUGACUCACUAGUUGAACACCAUCACUGUGUUGCCUUAAUACAGGCCCCAGCAACCUUUUUAAGUGAGGAGCCAUUUUUAUGCAUCAUAUCUGUUAGAAAUUAUUUUGGUAGACUGUCUGGGUGAGGGUGGGGUGGGGGUGGGGGGGGGAUAUUGUCUAAAAGUCAUUUAUCAAGUACCAGUAGUAGAAAUAAGGAGUCUCAUCUAUUCCUUCAAAAACCCACCAUCUCCAGAGCCACAGGUUUCAACCCACUGUCCUAGUGCUUUAUAAACUGUUUUUACAUCAUUGGUCUGAUGCCCUGGUAAGACAUACUAUUUUAACCCUAGGCCUGUGAUACUCCUUGUAUAUUUUAGCAUAUAGUGGACAGCUAUCUACAAAUUUUUAAAAAUUUCAACAGAUGCUUCAAGCCUAUGAGACCUUUGUUGAAGGAAAGCAUAAAUUCAGAGUAAAGCCAAAAAAGUUGGGAGAAGUUUACAAUGAUCAUGAGAGCAUGUGUGAAGCAAGAUAAAUUUUCCAUUCAACUUUUGUCAUUUUAUUGUUUGCAUAUGAAACCCUCAUUUCCUAUGAUGAUUCACCCACAUUUUAUGUCAGGUCAUAUGUAAAUAUGUAACAAUAGUAUAAUUGAUGUUUCACAUGUCAAGUGUGUUUGAGUGUGUCCAAUUUGAAUAUAUGUUUCACAUGUCAAGUGUGUUUGAGUGUGUCCAAUUUGAAUAUAUAUGUUUCACAUGUCAAGUGUGUUUUAGUGUGUCCAAUUUGAAUGUAUAUGUUUCACAUGUCAAUUGUGUUUUAGUGUGUCCAAUUUGAAUAUAUAUGUUUCACAUGUCAAAUAUUUUUGGGUGUGUUCAGUUUGAAUAUUGAUGUUUCACAUGUCAAGUAUGUUUGGGUGUGCUCAGUUUGAAUAUUGAUGUUUCACAUGUCAAGUAUGUUUGGGUGUGCUCAGUUUGAAUAUUGAUGUGCAUGGAAUAGUAUUCUAGUCCAGGCAUCCUUAUUUAAUCUUGAUUUAAAUUAUUUUGUAAUCUGUUGAAAUCAGAAAAGGAAGAAAAAAAACCCACUGAGAAGUUAACACAAAUGAACUUUGAAAAAGGCCUCACCAAUAAAUGGCCAAAAAAAAAAUGGAGGCGGGUCGGUAUUUUAGAAAUAUGUAAAUUUCCUUAAAAUUAAAUAGUUCAUGUAGGGGGCCCUGCUUGUAUCUGCUAGUGCAUUUCAUGAAGGGGGCCCUGCUUGUAUCUGCUAGUGCAUUUCAUGUAAGGGGGCCCUGCUUCUAUCUGCUAGUGCAUUUCAUGUAGGGUGCCCUGCUUGUAUCUGCUAGUGUAUCUUUGUAUAUCUGUAACUUAGUGUAACUGUAUACAUGUGAAAGAUCUGGCCACCAUAUUGCUCAUAUAGGGCCCCAAAUCUCAAAUAAAUAAUAAUAAAUUGUGGAGCCUUGAUAGUGCAACAAGUUAAAUUUAUACCAAAACUUGCAAAAUAUAACCUUUGUAAACAUCCAUAACCAUUGCUGUAGGUAACUCUGAUUGUUAGCCUGUAUAGGUUGGAAGUAAUGGCCUGUAUAGGUUGGAAGUAAUAAUCUGUAUAGGUUGGAAGUAAUGGCCUGUAAAGGUUGGAAGUAAUGGCCUGUAUAGGUUGGAAGUAAUGGCCUGUAUAGGUUGGAAGUAAUGGCCUGUAUAGGUUGGAAGUAAUGGCCUGCAUAAGUUGGAAGUAAUGGCCUGUAAAGGUUGGAAGUAAUGGCCUGUAUAGGUUGGAAGUAAUGGCCUGCAUAGGUUGGAAGUAAUGGCCUGUAAAGGUUGGAAGUAAUGGCCUGUAUAGGUUGGAAGUAAU